ACAGACUUUCUUGGAACUUUCUCUUCAUCAAGGACACGGCUGCAUAACAUUAACCCCCAGAAAAAGUGGAACCCAGCCUGAAAUCUGCCACAGUGCACCCAGCACAGAACAGAACUCAGCAAUAUGUUCCACCAUGUUAGACUGCACCUGCCUCUACAGAGACACCUCUCUGCACAGAUGCGUUUGAGAAACAGAUGCUGAGAGGUCCCUUCAUAGUGAAGACUAUGCUAUGGCUGUGCCCACCGAAUUAGUCACAGAAGUGACUACUGCAGAUCUCCUCACAGCCUGUGGAGCGGUGUGGAAACCUCCUCAAAAUGGACCACAAACCCUCUCCGGGGGUUCCAUCUUCUCAGGGCUGCAAGACCUCAUCUGGAUCCAGUGGCUGCUGGGGCUUGGAGUUUAAGGUUGCCAUAGUACUGAUGGCUCUGGCUGGACUCCUCAUCUUGGCUCUCCUCUACCGCAUCCUGCUCCUCCGACAUAAGCUGCGUAUGGCCCAGGCCAGGAACUCUUUGGAGUACUUUGGCUUCUACCACAUGGCCCACUACAGCCUCAAACAACUGGACCUGCCUCCUGCAGUGACUCCUAUGGUUACCCCUCCCCCUCCUGAUCCCCACACAUCCCCUCAGGCUUCUCCUCUACCUUCACCUGUUGUUCCUGCACCUCCUCCUGUCAUCCCUCCACUCAUUCCUCUCCCUCCGCCUCCACCACCACCGCCUCCACUGCUGCCUCCCCCGCAGCCUCCCCCGCACCCCAUCAUCUUCACCACCCCUCCAAGCCCUCACUCGGAUGCAGAGGUUUACUCCCGCAUCGGUGCCCUGCGGCCCUCCAGACUCUCCAGUGUGAGUCAGACGCAGGUGGUCCUCUUUGAACACUCCUCUCUGUGACCCCUUUGGAGAAGAACACUAUCACUUUCACCACAACAGUUGCUAUUUUCACAAAGGGCCGAGCUUCAACUUUGUCCUUGUCUGGAGGACAAAUGAUUUUUUUCAUAAAUAUUUGAUAUCAUCUAUCUAUUAUCAUCCAACAACUAACUUUGAAAAUUUGUAGUAGUCCACCACAAGACAUCAGAGUUUUAUGAGCCUACAUUGCUAAUGUUUAUAAGCCUACAUCACUAAUGGUUUCUAUCUAAUACCAACAAAAAUAUUCUGUUGCAAAAUAAAACACACUUUGGCUGGUUUACUGGCAUGUUAAAGAACCACUUUAGAUUCUCUAAAGUAUUUAACAAAAUAGAUUUCUUUGUCCAAACUGAGAACCACUGAGGAACCUUUGUUUUUAAGAGUUAAAGGGGUGAAAGGGGUUUAUCAAAUUUUGUGCAUUAUUCAGUUAUUGAAACGUAAACAAUGCCAUUCAGACUGGUUUUAUGUGGUCUAUGGUAUAGAAACAUUUUACAGUGGUGAUGAUAGGAACCAGGGGUCGGGAUGUCUACAAUACAAACAUAGCCAAAUUAUUUACAGUCCCUCAGGGUAAUGGUAAAAUAAUGGUAAAUCUGAAAAUGAAGGGUUUAAUUGCAAAAUGUAUCAUAGACCACUUUUUAAAAAAUCUUUGGUUCAUAAUCUACAUCAUAGAUAGUGGGCUUUACACAUACCAAAAAUAUCACUGUGAUAUUUUGAAUAAUACCACCUUAAUUAGAGAAAUACAUAUGUAUAUUUCCAUACAAGUCAGCCGGUUUUCUUUUCAAAAACUCAUCAUCUUGUUACAAAUGGAUGUACAGCCUUUUGGAAUGAAACACUUCAAGUUUUCUUUUGCCUCAACAUCUUGUAUGUACCUGUCCACCAUCAGUGUAUUUAAAAAUAUGUUUUGGGCCAAAAUCUCACCUCAAGACUAUUGGAAAACAAUAACUCGGGCAUCAGGCAGUCCCAUUCCAUGUAAUAACUUUCUGUGAAGGAGCUUUUAGGGGAUUCAGAUGUCUGUUUUUCUAUCACCACAUUGAAUAAUUCUGACUCUUUAAGAUUCUCUAGAAUGGAGCACUUCACAUCAAACCACUCUGACUGAUAUUGUUUACAUCUUGACCAUUAAAUUAUGCAGAAAUUGUGAAAAAUUAAUGGAAUUUUCCUUUAAGGCUACUAUAACUAACUAGGCUAAAUAAGUGAGUUUGCAAGCUUCAGCCUCAAUGCUCUCAAGAACACCUUAUUAUGAUCAAUCCAAUUAAAUGUUGGGUUUCAUAAUUUGAUUUCACUUAAAAUAUAAACUGAAUAUUUGAAAAAAUUUAAUUAAAAAAUAAUAUAUUAAUCCAGAUUCCAGACAUGAUGAGUAUUUUGGUGCCUAUGUGCACAUACUUCCUCUGCUCUCGUGCUGCAUGAAUACUUUAUAUCAUGACAGAAUUUUCAUUGCAUAACUUAUGUUCUCAGAGACUGACUGUCUACCUGCUUUAAGUAUUCCACCUCAGAAUGAAAGUGCACUCUGUAUAAUUACAUAUAUUUAAAUGUUUUCAUACACUUCAAAGAAAGCACUGUCUUAAACAGCACGUUAUUACUUUUUUAUCACUUUUGCUGUUAAUAUGUGCAGAAAUUUUUCAGAGGUUCAUAUCAGUUUCAUAUUAGCAUAUUCAUAUAUGGGACUGUACAGGGCAGCAGUAUUACACCAUUUAUCUUCAUUGUUAGCGGCUGAGUUUGUUUUCACUUUGGAAUGUUCCUCUUAUUUCCGGAAUAACACUGACUUCAUCAUUUCCGUGACAGGGUGGGAUUUCCUGAUUUCCUGAAGAGCUUUUGCAUUGCAUUCUUUUCGUUUCCUCUGGUCUGUCUUAAGGCUCUACUGUACAAUUUUGUCAGUGUAUUUUCAGGUUCGAUUUAAAAGAUAUAUGGCCACAGUCAUAUUUAUUAGAAUGCUGAUAUUUUACUGGAUGCUGGUUAUUGUCACCAUAUCAUCUGAAAUGAAAUUAAUCGGGAAAAAAAUUAUUCUGAAAUCAGUAUAUUUACAUUAGUCAAUGUCUGCAGUUGAAGCGUGGGAUACGUUUUCAUUGCAAACAUACAGUAGGCGGAUUUAUGUUUACAGAAGGCAUUUAGGGAGAGCUAUUUUGGAUGGCAGUUUUUUGGGCCAUGUCUCCUUGUCCAGACCUCUUUCUACAAAAUAUGUUCUACAAAACUUUUUGUUAUGCUCUGCAAAUGCAGUUGUAUACAAAGCUAAUGCACUUUUCAGUAUUAUCAGAACUAUUUUCACUAUUAAUUCAGUCUAAAUUAGAUUUUGUGAUAAAUGCUAGGUUUCCAAUAAAUAUUAGUAUGACUGUUCAUAGCUCUAUUUAAAGCAUCAACGAAUUUAAUUUGCUACAUAAAAAAGCAAAGUACAGGUAUUAUGAAGUGAUACUUUUUGAAUGCUCACUUUGAUGCACAAUUAAACUCCUCCGCCUGAACAGAUCACCUGUCCAAGAGAAAUAAUUAAAUGUUUUCGAAUUUAGUAUCAUGUAUAUGGUAAACUAUUUCAUCUGCUCUGUAAUUCUGGAUUCUGUAAUCACCUCUUUCUUCAAGACUCUUUUUAAGGCCCAAUAAUGGUCUGUAUAAAUAUUUGAUAACUCUC